UAAGGUGUUCAACACAUGCAUCGAAACGUCCCACGCAUCGCGCGUGGUUUCUGUAGGAAGUUGAGUUCUUUUCGCGCAUCUUACGCGUUUUCCUGAAGGAAAAUGGCUACCAGCUGUCAUUUAAUCGGAAAGUGUGGCUUGUAAAGUGACAUAAGAUUCUGUGAAAAAUCAUUUAACGUGUACAAGACCGUCUGGCGCGAUGCAAUUACAUAACGUUGAAAUCGUUUAGUAGAUCGACGCCACUUUUCAUCUACAUGCGGAACCCGUGAAACCUUCCACAGUGCCAUGAAAUUCUAUUCCGCUCUACUGUUUACAGUUUUUAUUUUUUGCCAAACGUAUCAGGACUAAUGCGUUAACGCUACUUCCACAUUUUUUCAAUAAUUUUAAUAUCUUGACGGCCGCUUUUCGAUCAUCGCUAAUAAUUUCACUGCGCUACGUAUUAAGGGCCGCAGAUUUUUUGACCUCACUUACGUUAUUAUUUUGGGAGUGCAUUAAUUGCAAAUACGAAAACCAGUAUGGGUUCCAGUCAACAAUUCUCUCUUAGGUGGAAUAAUUAUUUGAAACACAUUACCUGUGCAUUUGAUACGUUAAGGACAGAAGAGGAUCUCGUUGAUGUAACUUUAAGCUGUGAGGGAAAAAGAAUAAGAGCACACAAAAUGCUCUUAUCCGCAUGUAGUACAUAUUUCAGAGAUUUAUUUAAGGAAAAUCCAUGUCAGCAUCCUGUUAUAAUAUUUCGUAACGUGAAAUUUGAUGAUUUAGCUGCAUUAGUUGAUUUUAUGUAUCAGGGUGAAGUGAAUGUAGUUCAAGAGCAGUUAGCAAGUUUUUUAACAACUGCUGAAUUAUUAGCUGUUCAAGGUCUUACAGAUGGUACAGGAAAAGAUAACGAUAGUUUAGUAGAGGACGACAUAGAACUUCCUAAUGAACCUGAAAUUCAACUUCAAAAUGCUGCUAGCAAAGCAACAGAUAGUAAAAGAAAUAAAUCACCUUCAUCGCCGAUGCCUUACCAUGCCGUUGAUUUACAACCCGAUGCUCCACCGAGCAAAAGACGAAAAUGUAGAGAAAAUGCAAAUACAAAUGCAGAUAAGACCGUGGGUAAUGCUUUAUCUACAAAAGAGUCUGAAAAUAAAUUGUCAGAAAAUCAGUCGACGACCGGAUCGGAUCCUGUUGAAAUAAUUCCUCUGAUGCCAAAUUUGAAGUUGGAAAUGCCUGAGUAUUUAGUACAAGAUGGAAGUAGCUGUAGUUACGAAGAACAAAGUCUAGGAGACAGUUCGCUAAAUAAAAUGGGUAUAGAAGAUACAUCUUCUAACACGCCGGAGCACGAUCAGAAACCUGAUAUCAGUCAAACGUUCUAUUCAAGUAAUCAGUCCACUUCGGAUAGUAUGGAUCUCAAACAUCAGUCGGCGGAUGUUGGCCACUUACUUUCAAAACCUAGUACAUCUGGAGAAAGGUUAACGCAAGAAGCAGUACAGGAUUCACGCACGGUGGUCAUCGAACAGCCGUCGCACUCGUGCAAACUCUGCGGUAAAACGUUUUGGAAUCGGGACUCGAUGUACAAACACAUGAACAUGCACAAAGGGACUACACAGUGCCCGGUGUGUCAUAAAGUGCUGAGCCGCACUACGCACAUGAAGCGACAUUUAAAAAAUCGGCACGGUUGGCUAGGCGUCGGGACGACCGCCGCCGCCGCCGCAGCCGCAGUGGCGAACGCCGCAGCCGCAGCCGCAGCAGCAGCAGCAACCGCAACCGCGAGCACCACCAAUGCCGCAGCCGCCGCCGCCGCCACUGUCGUAUCCGGUGUACCGGUUGUCACCGCUGUCACCGGCCCUUCCGGUCCGACCGAUACAUCCGCCACCGCACCCUUGCCGACGCCCAUUUCCGUCUCCUCCACCGCCCAUCAGAUCGCCCACCAGAACGCCGGAAGUCCACCCGACGAUCUCGAUUCUAAUGCCACCUACACCACUAUACGCAUUAGGGAGAGCAGCGUCGAAAGGAUCACUUCUAGUCCUAUUCCUUAGUGCGAGCAUAUCUUGUUAUCGAACCCGCCACAUCACGCCCGUCGACAGAACAGAGGCUAAAAACCGAACCUCGCGAUAUCCUUCGUCGCUCACCACCUACCCCUUUCUAUUAUUUUUCACUUAACUUCUUACAUCGUGGAUGGCUCUAAAAAGCAUUACGCGGUUGUCGAGCCUCGCCUCGAACGAUGGAGAGAAAUAUUUUCCAAUAGGCAUAAGUAAACGAUAGAAGGGGAUGAGUGGAGGGAAUGAAAAUUUACGCAGGAUGAAUGAAAAUUUCGAAACACCCGUAGUAAUUUUUUUGGGUCAUCCAACGUUUAUCCCUGUUAGUUUCGCGCUUCUAUUUCUCUCUGCGAUCUCGUAGUCGAUGUCCCUAACCCGGUUAUUCCGAUGGGAACGUAGAAUUAUAAGGGAACCAUUAAUCUUUGGAUCGAUAUACUCGUUUGCUCGUAUAUAUUAGAUUUAUUUAUUACGCGAAUUGUGUUAAAAAAAUUAGUCGAUUGUCAAUCGUGUUUUCUCGGUCGCUGAGAGUUUCCCAAAGCGAGACUCGCUCCGUUUACGAAGAGAUACUUAAGUUAAUCAAUGAGGUUGCGUUCGCCAGUGUCUCGGAGUUUCUCGAUCACAGAUGCGCAAUCUUUAACGAUGCACGCGGCAUUAAUGAUAAAAUGAAAAAAAAAGAAAAAAAAACGAAAAAAAAAAUGAACAGAACCUAUUCCACUCUAGUCGUCGACGGGAUUACCUAUUACUAAAGAUGCCUGUCUUACACUUUUACGCCCUAGUCAUUUGUACACACGCGUGUACGUGUACGUUACGUCUAUGUAUAUGUGUAUAUGCAUAUAAAAAUGGAGGAAGAGGAGGAGAAGGUGAAUGAGAAGUAACAGGAGGAGCAAGAGGAGAAGAAGAAGAAACUGAGAAAGAAGGAGGAUCGUGUGCGUAAAUCGCGCGGAAUACCUAUGUUUCUUUUUGUAACCAAAGACAUACGCAGUGGACAAGAUAAUAAGGGAAAAAGGCAAAUUAUUUUAUCUAGUCAAAUGAGUUCGGUACUUAAAAAAAAAAUAGCGUAAGGAGGAAUGUGCAUCUUUCUUUGUGCGCUCGCGAAGAUGACACCGUGUCAAACGGUGAAUGGAAUCGAUCGACUGUGAGACUGUGGAUUCGAUGUCGUCUUAGUUUUCAUCCUUUCAACCGAUGAUUUUUUUUUUUCUUCUAAUUUCAUUCGAUGCGCAGUCUUGUAUCGAAACGUGCCAUUAUCUUUUAAGUCAAUCCCGUGUGAAAGCAUUUUCGCGCUCAGAGUCGCAUUUGAAAUUGCUCAGUCUGUUCGCAGACUAAAAAUUUGGCCAUAAUACAUACGUUUACGAUAUUAAAUAUACUCAUAUAUAUGUAGGUAUAUAUAUAUAUAUAUAUAUAUAUAUAUUUUAGUUAUAAAUUAGAAAAGCUUGCCCAGUUCGUAUGCACGUACAUCGUACACGUGCGUCUACGUAGUUGUAUGUAAAGAAUUUUAUUUUCAUUUAUUCGUCUUAUCCCUGUAAGGAUAUAAAAGUUGGAUACCUUUAAUCGAUCAUCAUUUUUACUUUAGCUUCCCCUGUUCUUUUUUGUUGUGCUUAUAUUGUUUGUUUGUUUUAUUUCGUUUUAGUUACCUUAGCUUUAAUCUAGUUCCGCCAUUGCGGGUACCUUUUAAUCUAAUCUAAAUACCCAAAGAAGCCAAUAAUCGGAACUUUCCGAUUCGAGUCUAUUUUUUCUCCUUAUCGUGCAAUCACAAAUAGAGGCUAUCGAUCGCGAUUUAUCGAAAGCGAGUCCUUGCUGUAUGCCAAAAUCAUAGGACGUUGCAAUCGAACGCAACAUUGCAAACUACCUGCGUUUUACACAAAAUUUGAUCGUGACGUGACGAAGUACAAAUUGAAGCUAGUUGAGAAAAUGCUGGAUAGAGGACAAUUUAAUGGAAAUGUCGCAAAGUACAGUCGCGUGGAAUGAUGUUUUUACUACAGAAGUAGAGACUGAAGGCGAAAAGCGACGGGUCGAAGGAGUUAAUCGCUAACUUUAAUUAUUUUAGGCUAAUUCUGUUUUGUGUGAAAAAUGUCCGUGUGUCUAUUUUACAUGAAAUUGGCAAGAAAUUAGUUGUGGCAGUCAACGCGCGAGUAAAAUAGAGUUCACUAUUUAUUGGGCGAAGUUCAAUAAUGCUUGUGUUCCAUUUUGCGAUCGCAUGCGUUUAUGUUCCGUGCUUGUCACGCUCUACGUCGCAUAAUUUGCACGUUUAAUUUUUAAUUAGAUAAUUUCAGCGUCUUUAUUUUUAAAUCGAAACUAGCAACGAUACUUUCAAAGGCACGAAUCAAUAUUUAGGUGCGAUAUACUAUUUUGUUGUUUCCUUUUUUUUUAAUUUAUAUUAGCUUAUAGUAUGUGAUUUUACGUAAAUUCUCUAAGAAACGAGAAAUACGGAACACUGUACACGCGUUUAUUCAUAUUUUUUAUAAUUGAUAAACUCGCGUGUUUAAUUUUAAACAAAACGAAUGUGCACAUUCCUCAGAAGCCACAAUACAAAUAAGUACAAGAAUGCCAAUUAUUACUUUAGACAAAUUGAUAUUUCUUUCUUUGAUUAUUUAUAAAAAUAAGAAACAUCUAUAUAAAUAAAUAAAUAAAUAAAAAUAUAUAUAUAUAUAAAAUAUUAUAAUAUAUCAUUACACAGUCUUAUGUUUGGCUUAUGCAAGUUGAUUAACGAUGUAAGUAAAACAAAAUAUGUGUGAAUAAAGUUUCAAAAUGUGAA